UCUCAUCUGUUUUCCAUUCUCUGAUCUGCUCCACCCUCCCCUUCCUAUGGUCAGUUUUUCCUCCUUUGGCAGGUAGACAUAAAGAUGCUACAGCUGCUUAGCUUUGUGUUCAUAGCAGUUGUCUUCAUCUGUAGUCUCAUCAAUCCUAUCUUCUCUGUUCCUUCUGAAAAAUUUCUAGCUUGGAUUAGAUCUUUGCUUUUGACUCCUACAACCACUACUAUUUCAUCCACCAUGUCCACCACCACAACUGCUUCAACUUCCACAAAAGAAGAGAAGAAGAAUGAGAGAGAGCACGAUAAAGUAGAACUAGAGAGGGUCUUUGCCACCUUUGACAAGAACGGAGAUGGGUUUAUAACAAAGCAAGAACUUGGUGAGUCUCUGAAGAACAUGGGACUCUUCACAACAGAUGAAGAAGUAGCAAGUAUGGUUGCAGGUUUGGAUGUUAAUGGUGAUGGGCUCAUCGAUCUCGACGAGUUCUGUGAAUUGUAUGAUUCUAUGGAGAAGAGUGGAGGAAAUAAGAAUGAUGAAAUGGAAAAGGAAGAGUGGAAUGAUGAUAUGGAUAAGGAUUUGAGGGAAGCGUUUGAUGUGUUUGAUGGGAAUGGAGAUGGGUUGAUAACAGUAGAGGAAUUGGGUUUGGUGUUGUCAUCGAUGGGGCUUAAGAAAGGACUUGGGAUUCAGGAUUGUAAAGAGAUGAUCAGAAUGGUUGAUAUGGAUGGAGAUGGCAAGGUUAAUUUUGACGAGUUCAAGAAGAUGAUGAUCAAGAAUCCCACUGCACCUGCAACUGGAGCAUGCUUUACUUCUUCCUAG